CGGGAGCGCGCGCGGCGCAGCCCCGCGUUCAGGCGUGGGGCCCGGCUCGCCCCGCCGGGAUCGGCCGGCGGUGGGAAAGGAGCUUUUCCAGGAGGGAACGACACGGAACGGCGACGUGGCGCCGGCGGGGGGCGGGAGCAGGACGGGACAGUGGCGCCGCAAAGGCCCAGCCCAAAAGUUGGCACUGAGCCAGCCGGUGCUGCGCUAACGGGGAGCAUCCGAAUGCACAAGAUGAUUAGGAAGAUAACCCUCAGCCUGGGAAGACAGGUGUCCUCCAUGGCACAUGGGGCCACCCAGGUGAGAAGACUUCUGCAUGGUGGUUAUGUCAGGAUUCAUCCCUCUGUACAGGAAGCACUGGUGGAGGGCAGACCCGUGGUAGCCUUGGAAAGCACCAUCAUUACACAUGGCAUGGCUUACCCCCUGAAUUUGAGCAUGGCCAGAGAGGUGGAAGAAAUUGUAAGAGCAAAUGGAGCAGUGCCAGCCACUGUAGGUAUUUUAAGGGGCCAAAUCCACGUGGGACUCACAGAUGAGGAACUGGAGUUCUUGGCAAGCAGUAAAAACGCAGUUAAAGUGUCUCGCAGAGAUUUUCCUUUCGUCCUCAGCCAGGGCUUGUCCGGUGGCACUACCGUGUCUGGAACAAUGAUUGUGGCACACAAAGCUGGGAUCCCUGUGUUUGUCACAGGUGGCAUAGGAGGUGUCCAUCGGCAUGGGGAGAACACUCUGGAUGUGAGUGCUGACUUGACAGAGCUAGGACGAACACCAGUGGCUGUUGUAUCUGCAGGAGCCAAGUCUAUCCUUGAUAUUGGCAGGACACUGGAAUAUCUGGAGACCCAGGGUGUAUGCGUGGCUGCCUUUGGAGAAUCAAGAGAGUUCCCAGCCUUCUUCUCACGCCAGAGUGGUUUCCAAGCACCAUACCAUGUCCAGGAUGAAGAGGAGGCAGCUAAACUCAUUGACAGUGCUCUGGGGCUGGGCCUGAGCAGUGGGGUGCUGAUAGCAGUGCCCUGUCCCCAGGAGCGAGCUGCCCAGGGCCAGGCCAUCGAAGAGGCCAUCCAGCAAGCUCUCAGCCAAGCCAGGUCCAAAGGAAUCACAGGCAAAGACGUGACCCCCUUUUUGUUACAGAAGCUCACAGAAUUAACUGAUGGGAAAUCGCUGGACUCUAACCUUGCACUGAUCCAGAACAAUGCCAGAGUGGGCAGCUGCAUUGCAGUGGCCCUCAGCAAACUGCAGAAAGCCAGAAGGAAGAGGAGCCAGCCUGGGCAAAAGGACAUGACUGCACCCCAACCAGUGGUGAUUGGCGGUAUCAACGUUGACUUUAUAGCCAAGGCACAGAACCCUGAGAUCCUGGGCGGUGGGCAAACAAAUGCUGGAAGAGUGAGACGAACCUUUGGCGGUGUUGGAAGGAACUUGGCAGACUGUUUAAGCCGUCUUGGACAAGCUCCUCUCCUUUUAUCAGCCGUGGGGAAGGAUGAGCAUUUAGAGUCUGUCCUGCACUACUGCCACCACAUGGACAUGAGCGGCGUCCUUCAGCUGGAGGGGGAGAGCACAGCCACUUACUGUGCCGUGAUCAGCAGUGCUGGGGAGCUCAGCCUUGGCUUGGGAGACAUGGACAUCCACCAGCAGAUAACAGAGCAAUAUGUGUCCCAGUUCAAGGAGAACCUGUGUCAGGCCCCACUUGUUUGCAUUGAUGGAAAUGUGCCUCUCUCCACUAUUCAGUACGUCUGCCAGCUAGCUAGAGAGCACCAGCUAGCAGUGUGCUAUGAGCCAACAGAUGAGAACAAGGCCUCUAAGCCAUUCCUCUCAGACAGCUGGAAAGCACUCACAUACAUUUCCCCCAACCUGCAAGAGCUGAGAGCAAUAAAUCGGACCCUCGGGAGCCCUGUGCCAGCAGAGCUGCCAUCCAGGUUGGAGGAUGUUGUCCAGGCUGCAGUGGCCCUGGCCUGCCCUUUGCUGGCCCACCUGCAGUGUGUGGUGGUGACCCUCGGCGCUCACGGCGUCCUCCUGUGCGGCAGGAGCCUGGGAGGGAGCAUCUCCCUUCAUCCAGGAGCUCACAAACAGGCUGCUGCUGCCAGGCUCUGUGCUGCCCACUACCCCGCCAUCCCCAUCAGCAGGGAGGAGAUUGUCAACGUCUCAGGAGCUGGUGACAGCUUAAUGGCAGGAAUCCUUGCAGGGGUGCUUGCUAAACACGACACAGGCACGUGUGUGAGGAUGGGUCUGCUGGCUGCCAGCUUGUCUCUCCGCUCCUAUGAGCCCAUUUCCCCAGAAAUCAGCACUUCCAGUGUCAGCCAGGAGCAAGUCAAGAGCAGGAGCUGGCCAGAGGCAAAGGUAUGGAAGAUGGACUAGAACACUGUGCCUUUCUCAUCUAUCACCUCAUUGCACUUGCAGCAAUCCUGUUUUCAGGAACUGGACUGUGUUUUGAGCUUUGAGAACUUUUAUCUGCUUCAGUCCUGAGUAAACCCUCAAGAAAGGAGGCCCCUACCCAGGGAACUCCUGUGGAAUGAAAAGCUGACUUCUGGUCUUUCAGACCUCCUGGUUUUCUGACCUCCAGGCCUUCUAGAUUUUCUAUUGAGGGAAUUUUCUCUUCCUCCACCUUGUGUCACUGUUGUCCAUUAUCACAGUAGCUCCUUUGUCAUUGACUCCUGGAUCUUCAGGACCAUGUCUCUUCAGCUGGGCCCAGCAGCAACAUCUGCUCUUGCUGUUUACUCUUUCCUAUCCAAGAGGUCCCAUGGAUCACAACCUGUGGCAGGGUGCAGCUGGCAGGAACAUGACACUGUAGGAUAACCUCAUCCAUCUUCCCAAGCCAGCCAGCACACACCACAUCUUCUUGCUCUGAAGUCCAAUGCCCCUGGAGACAGUAGGCAAGACAAAGUGAAGAAGAGUGACCAGGGACGAGCUGGUGGCCUUUAAAAGAUGACAGCUCCUUGUUCCACAUGCCUUCCUCUGACCUUGGAGCUUCCUUCCUCCUUCUUUAGUCCUGAGUAUCAAGUCUGAAGCAGAAGAGAUCUGAGGGAUCCAAGGCAUCUGCCAUGGAAGCCAUGAGGAAAAGUCACCUUCUCUCUCUAAGCCUGAAGUGUGCACAGGAUGCAACUGUGGGUGCUAACAUAGAUUGAUGAACACUGAAACUCAUUAAAACU